GAUUUGUUAUUUCCCCAUCCCAUUUCUAAACUUCUUGCUUCGUCUUAACCAUUCUCUCUCAUUCCCAAAGCAACCUUGUUGCUUCAUUAGCUUCUUAUAAUUUAUAUCUGAUAUUCAGAAAUGGGGGUUGUUCUUAAUUAUCAUUACUGUCUUUUUUCCUUGAUGCUGCUUUUGCCAGCAUUGUGUUACUCUCAAGACACAUUUACAUGUUCUAGAGCAACUUACUAUGGUAGCCCUGAUUGCUUAGGGACUCCAACUGGGGCUUGUGGGUAUGGAGAAUUUGGCAGAACUGUAAAUGAUGCUAACGUGGCUGGUGUUUCAAGGCUGUGGAAAAAUGGAACUGGCUGCGGAGGUUGCUAUCAGGUUAAGUGCACCGUGCCAAAACUUUGCAGUGAUGAUGGAGUGAAUAUAAUGGUGACUGACUAUGGUGAAGGAGACCACACUGAUUUCAUCCUCAGCCCACGUGCCUACUUAAGACUCGCACGUGCAGACGCAGCUGCUCAGCUGUUCGCUUAUGGCGUCGUUGAUGUAGAAUUCCGAAGAAUCUCCUGCAAAUUUGCAGGUUACAACAAUCUCAUGUUUAAAGUCCAUGAGCACAGCAGGUUCCCUCAAUACCUGGCUUUAGUUUUUCUCUACCAAACUGGGCAAAAUGAAAUCCUAGCAGUUGAAUUAUGGCAGGACGAUUGUAAGGAAUGGAGGGGAAUGAGAAGGGCAUAUGGUGCAGUUUGGGACAUGCCAAAUCCCCCACAAGGCUCAAUAACGUUGAGAUUUCAAGUGAGUGGAAGCAUGGGGAUGAAAUGGAUAGUGGCUAAUAAUGCUAUCCCUGCUGAUUGGAAGGCUGGAGUUGCUUAUGACUCAGCAAUCCAGCUAUAUUAAUUAAACAACGGCUUUUAAGAUGAAUCCCAAUAGAUUAUGAUCAUAAUAAAUAAUAUAGGAAAACCCAUUGUUGUGAUGUUUAGCACUAUUUUGUCCCAGUAUUACUUUGUUUAUGAUUUAGUAUAUUAUUGUAUUAAGUUGGCAAAUAAUAAUUGGGAUUUUGUACUUUGGUA